AUGGCGCCGUCGAGAGCACUUCGGAUACCUUUGGAUGCUUGUGCGCAGUGCGCUAAGCAAUACACACAGCGACGAGGAUUCGCAGCAGUGGCGCCUCGCUCAUACGCAGAUGGAUCCAGACUGCCGCGAAUCGCAAACCCGUCCUUCUGGGCUUCCUUAGUCCCCAGCUUCCUGAGAAGAUCAACAGAUGCACAACAAGCCGAAGAGCGCGCAAGAAGGCGAGGUACCGGCGCAGACGAGCGAAGAACGGGCAUAGCAUUCCUGAUCCUCGGCAUCCUAGUCGGUUCCAACGCGAUCAACAUCAUCUCGAUACGAAGAGACAUGCUCAAUUUCUCCCGUCAAACCGACGCAAAGCUGGAAACGCUGCGAGAGGUCAUUCAGAGGGUCAAGAGUGGCGAGGACUUCGAUGUGAAGAAAGCGUUGGGCACGGGAGAUCCAGAUCAGGAGAAGGAGUGGGAGCAGGUUAUUCAAGAGUUGCAGAAUACGGAUAUGCUGUGGGAAGGGCGCAAGAAGAGGGAUGCUAAACGGGCCGAGAAGGCGGAGGAGAGGAGAUUGAAGGACGAGGAGAAGAAGCAGGCGAGGGAAGCUGGAGGUCCAACCAGUGAGCCAUCUGGACAGGCGAAUACAUCGAGGCCCAAAUUCUUGAUGUGA